UUAACAGUCACCUGCAUGGAUAGUUAGAAACACUUGGUUACAUGACUUAGAAUGGCAGUGUUUUAACCCAAGAAUGUGGGUAACUGCUGCUUUGUUUUUGGGAGACUGCAGAUACACUAUACUUCCAAAAGUUUUGGGACAUCUGCAUUUUCAUGCACAUGAAUGUAAUAUGGAGUUGGCCCACCCUUUGCAGCUAUAACAGCUUCAACUCUUCUGGGAAGGCUUUCCACAAAGGUUUAGGAGUGUGUUUAUGGGAACUUUUGACCAUUACUCUAGAAGUGCAUUUGUGAGGUCAGGCACUGAUGUUGGACGAGAAGGUCUGACUCGCAGUCUCCGCUCUAAUUCAUCCCAAAGGUGUUCUAUCAGGUUGAGGUCAGGACUCUGUGCAGUUCCUCCACACCAAGCUCACUCAUCCAUGUCUUUAUGGACCUUGCUUUGGUCACUGGUGUACAGUCAUGUUGGAACAGGAAGGGGUCAUCCCCAAACUGUUCCCACAAAGUUGGGAACAUGAAAUUGUCCAAAAUGUCUUGGUAUGAAGCUGAAGCAUUAAGAGUUCCUUUCACUGGAACUAAGGGGCCGAGUCCAACCCCAACUGAAUUCAAUGAUUUGCAAAGGUGUCCCAAAACUUUUGGAAAUAUAGUGUAUCUGCAAGUACAGUCAUAUACGUUAUCUUAUUCUCCAAAAAAAAUUGUUUUUCUGUAAGUAGCACCAGUUUACAAAUGUAAUUGGAAUGGAAUGUUUAAAUGGGAUUUUCUCCUGUUUUACUGUUAUUUCACCGGUUUGUCCUGUAAACAGUGCUGCGAAUCAAUUAGCAGAGUCACUGAGUUGUUGGUCAAUGAUCUCUGUUAAACUGUGACUAAACAGGAUUAGUUAUGCCAAACUGGCUCCUGUCACACGUAAACACAUCUCUAUUAUUCUCUUUAUAUCUUUUUCUGCCUUGUUUAUAGUAACCCGAGAAAGACAGCAUGGGUUUUAGGAGCUUUUAUUUUAUUUAAUUCUUGUGUUUGACCUCUGUCCACUCAGGACUGGUUUGUAACUAAGUUCUGCAAUUUCUGUAACAGUCACAGUGUUUUCCUCAUGCCUCACCAUGGCAUACAAAAUUUUUAAUAAUUGUUAUGAAUUACACUGAAUUUGUUUAGUAUUAGAGACUAUUAUUGGUACCCUGUUGCCUCUAGACAACAUGAACAAUUUUAACAACAUCCACUAAUGUUCUGGAGUCGAUUAUUCAUCGAGAGGAAAGCCCAAUAUGGACCGAGUAGCGAGAAGACGUUCGGCACGAUAUACGGCGCAUGCGCAAAUCUAUGCGCAUGCGGGUUGAGGCUUAAGGCGUGAACUUUUCAGCGCGUCAUCUAUUUUCAUCGCACCUCUAGUCCACUGAUGGGAUUUCUAAACUCCCUUGCUGUUACUAUGGGAACGAGGAAAGCCGAUCUAAGGAUUACAGACAUUCUCCUUUAGCUUGCUAGUAGUUACUGCGAUUCUAUUAUUGUCUGCAACCUCUCUCGAAACUAAUAUAUAUCACAGCUAGCGUUAAACAAAAAUAAAAGCUAGCAUGUCGUCAGUUCCAGUGGAGAUGAAAGACGGUGCAGUGUCCAGUUCCAAAUGGCUUGAUGCACACUAUGAUCCAGUUGCCAACUUAUAUACAUUUUCUUCGUGUGUCACUCUGGCAGACUUACAUGGAGAUGGCGAGAACAAGCUGGUGGUGGGUGAUCUGGGUACAGGAGCAGGCAACAUGAAGUUGAAGGUGUAUCGAGGCACUGGACUGCUCAGUGAGAACACCCUACUGGACUUACCCACUGGUCUGGUGUCUUUUCUCAUGGACCAACAUGAGCCUCGCACCCCUGCUAUUGCUGUGGCUUCAGGCCCCUUCAUCUACAUCUACAAGAACUUGCGACCCUAUUUCAAGUUCACUUUACCCACUCUGGAGAUCAACCCCUUGGAGCAGGAUGUAUGGAAUCAGGCUAGAGGGGAUAUGAUUGACCCAAUGACACUAAAAGAAAUGUUAGAGGGCAUAAGAGAUAAGGCAGACAUCCCACUAUCAGUCAGAACGUUACGGUUCCUCAUGCUUGAACCACAGGAAAUGGAGUCUUAUGUUAACCUUCACAAAGAGCAGCCCAUACGCAGACAGACGGUAAUUACAUGCAUAGCGACACUGAAGAAGAACAUGGCGGAUGACGAUGCAGUCAGCUGUCUGGUUAUUGGCACGGAAAGUCAAGACGUUUAUAUCUUGGACCCGGAAGCCUUUACCAUUCUCUCAAAAAUGUCCCUUCCCAGUGUUCCUACACUCAUGGAUGUGACUGGUCAGUUUGACAUAGAGUUCAGAAUCAUCGUAGCCUGUCGCAAUGGGAACAUCUAUAUCCUGCGCAGGGACUCGCAGAAGCCCAAGUACUGCAUAGAGCUGUCCUCUCACCCUGUUGGGCUGGUCAGGAUGGGAAAGAAUGUGGUGGUGGGCUGUGCUCAGGAGACGAUGCAAAGUUUCACUCAGAAGGGAAAGAAGCUGUGGACGACUUACCUGCCUGCUCCAGUCACCACUAUGGCCCUUCUGGAUUUGCCCACACGGGGCUUCCAGGCUGUACUGGUGGCUCUGGCCAACUGCGAGGUCCAUGUGUACCGGGACAAGAACUUAGUCAGCACCAUUAAAACACAGGACGUGGUGACCAGCAUUUGUUUUGGCCGAUAUGGUCGUGAAGAUGGCACACUAAUCAUGACCACCAAAGGAGGGGGUCUGAUUGUUAAAAUCCUGAAGAGAACAGCAGUGUUUGAUGACCGGGACUCCAUCUCUGGUCCCCCAGUAGCCCAGAGCAUCCGUCUGAACGUUCCCAAGAAAACUAAGCUUUAUGUGGACCAGACAAUGAGAGAAAGGGAGAAUGCUGUGGCUAUGCACAGAGCUUUCCAAAUGGACCUGAGCAGGCUGCGGCUAGCUGCAGCCAGAGCCUACGUCAAAGCCCUGGAGUCCAGCCUCACUCCUAUGUCCGCCAGCUUGACAGAACCUCUAAAGAUGAAUGCGGUGGUUCAAGGCUUAGGCCCGUCCUUCAAACUCACUCUGAACAUCCAGAACACUGCAGCAUGUCGCCCUGUGAUGAACCUAGCCAUUAGUUUCCUGUAUGAUGAGAAUUUGUACAGUAUGAGGACAGCCUUUUUUAAGAUCCCCCUGCUGGUUCCAGGGCUAAAUUACCCCAUUGACACCUUUGUGGAGUGUCUGAGCGAUAAAGGGAUUUCAGAUAUCAUUAAAGUGUUUGUGCUGAAAGAAGGGAAGAGCACCCCGCUACUCACCGCACACAUUAACAUGCCUGUAAGUGAAGGACUGGCACUCAACUAGAAGAACUGGACGAGUGUGUGCACUAGUGCUGGAUGAGAUUGUUGCUGUGUCUGUGUAGAGGCAGGGCUUAGCCAUUACGCCACAGAGACUGAAGAGACACUUGCUACAGGGGGUCAGAGAUGUUUGUGCUGGCCGUAGAAGCUUUAGGUUAAAUCCGAAAGAGAGGUUUUGAUGUGAUUGCUGCGGUCACCGGUGUUUCAUUGUAAAAUGCAGCGCUGAAUGUGUUUGUACCUUUAAUGGCUUUUUUGUAAUACAGUAUUGUAAUUAGUAUUUAUUUUUGUAAGUUUACUCACUAACCACUUUAUUAGGAACAUGUGCACAUUCAUGUAAUUCAUUCAUGGACAAAUCUGUUGAAAGCCAGUUUGGUUUCCACACAACCCAAUAAAUUCUACAGUGCUUAAUCCAACCUCUCUGGCAGCAGCAACCAUGUCACAGUCACAGUAGCCGAGAUCUGAAUGUGAAUAUUAACUGAAAGACUUAUGAUCUUGUGCAUCGUGCCGCAGCCACGUGAUUGGCCGAGUGGAUGAAUGUGUGCAUGAGCAGGUGAUCCAAAUAAAGUAGCUGGGGAGUGUACACCGAUCAGGCAUAACAUUAUGCACACUGACAGGUGAAGUGAAUCUCCUCAUCAUGGCACCUGUUAGUGGGUGGGAUAUAUUAGGCAGCAAGUGAACAUUUUUCCCUCAAAGUUGAUGUUAGAAGCAGGAAAAAUGGACAAGUGUAAGGAUUUGAGUGAGUUUGACGAAUGACCAAAUUGUGAUGGCUAGACCACUGGAUCAGAGCAUCUCCAAAACUGCAGCUCUUGUGGGGUGUUCCCGGUCUGCAGUGGUCAGUAUCUAUCAAAAGUGGUCCAAGGAAGGAACAAUGGUGAACCGGCGACAGGCUCAUGGGCGGCCAAGGGUCAUUGAUGCACGUGGGGAGUGAAGGCUGGCCCGUGUGAUCCGAUCCAACAGACGAGCUACUGUUGCUGAAAUUGCUGAAGAAGUUAAUGCUGGUUCUGAUAGAAAGGUGUCAGAAUACACAGUGCAGGACGGGUCAGGGCUGUUUCGGCAGCAAAAGGGGGACCAAGACAAUAUUAGGCAGCUGGUCAUAAUGUUAUGCCUGGUCGUUGUAUGUUGUUUAUUAAUCCUAAUAAUGUCUUGCUGACAUGUUUAAUGGAAUAAAGUGUACAAGAAAAAUUUA